AUGAACAAUCUAUUAUUGAAUCCACAAACUAAGAAGAAUUUAGAAGGAGAGAAAUCUAUGGAGGGGAUAGUAAGAUGCUCAUAUUGGUGUGAGGGUAGACUUAAAAGUUUGAACUUCAAAAUAUCGCUGUUAACAUACGAGUCAUUAGAUCUCUUGCUUUCGUGGAGUGAGAAACCAAUCCAACUGUAUAAUUAUAAACAACGGUAUGGCAUUGAACAACUUGGUGCACACCAUGAUGUGACAGAACAUGUAGAAGUAAAGGGCAAUGUGGAUUUGGAUGUUGUGAAGGAGAAGUUGUUAGGUAAUAAAAGAUUCGGGGUCACAGUAAAUGGUCCUAUAUAUCCACCUGUUGCAGUUGAAACAAAACAGGUUCCAGAACCCGAUAAAGUGUUAGUUAGUAAAGAUCUUUUACAUUCGUUAACAAAACAGAUUGAGACGUUAGAACUAUCAUCAAAGCAGUUGCAAUUGGAAUACAGCAACAAGGUUUCUGAAACUGUUGUAGAGGAUAGACUAGAAGAAUCAAACAAUAUUUAUGUUAAGAAUGACUUAUAUCAAAAAAUAAAUGAACUACUUUCCAAAACAAAAAUAAAUGACAUUAUUCAUGGGUAUGAGAAGUAUACCGAAUGGAUUGGGCUCUGCCAAGACAAUGAAGAUGAAGUUCGGAAGAUUCUUACUAACAAUAACGAGGAAACGGCAACAAUACAGGUUGAUGAUGAGCCGAAGAACUCUUUUAUUAAUGACGCAACGUCAUUGUCAGCAUCAAUGGUACCAGUAAUAACAAUGAAUUACCAAAUAAAAGAUUUUCAUGUAGAAUUUACACUUCAUAAUUGCGGUACCUCUACUCUGAGUGGCGGGUUAAAUUUUGUUUUCCAAUACCAAACUGACAGCGGGAACAAUAUUAUAGAACAUCAGAUUGACAUGGGACCUCAUGAUUUAAAGCCAGAUUGCAAGAAAAUUUUGAAGUUUAUGUCACUUAAUAUGAUCAAUACCAAUUUAGAGAUUCUAUCAGUGAAUGUUGUAGGAAUUGAUGGUCGUGUUAUUUAUGUAGGGAAGAAGGAUGCAGAGAAAAAUAAUCAAUUUAAUUUAACACAUCCUAUACUUUCAGCAGAACAUCUAGAGACAAACGAAGAAUUUUUUAGUGUUUACUCUUUCCACCAAAAGCAAGAACCCUCAGAACCCGUAGAUACGACAGAUGUGAUAAGUACAACAAUAACAAAUGACAAUGCGACGAAAUUUACAUGGGAGGAAUAUGACUUGUUAAGUGAUAGUGACAUCUAA